CAACCAGACAAACGUACGAUACGAUACAACAGUAAAAACAAGAAGUGACGCGUAAGCUUAUUUUAUUUUGAUUUGCAAACUGCAGUAAUUUUCGGUCGAACUUUCCAAAUAUAAGUACCAGUACGUAUUGAAAUAAACAAUCAACUCAAGUGCGACACAUUUGCUAAAAUUGUUACUGCCAAAACGAUCGAACGUCGACACGGACUGGUAUUGAAUAUUGCUUCUACAGAUGGUUGUGUGCCUUUGAUUUCGGUCGGGUUGUAUGUAAAAUUGAUCAAUGAUGCUGAUAAAAAUAACGCAUCGAAGCUUGCAAAGUACGCAGUUUGUGCAUACAAAAGUGUUUAUUGUCACAGUUUUCCUGUAGAGUGAAGCAGAUGCACAUUUCGUUAAAUAUUUCAUCUUCCGAAUAAGCUUUUCAUAUCAAACAGUGUCGAAAUUUGCGUGUGAUGUAAACAAACAAAGCAAGCAGUGCCUCGCGUUGACAGUUGUCGCUUCCCAGUUUCCUGCACGAAAUAAAACAGUACAUAUUGAUAUAUCAUUUAUCAUUCGAUUAGAUGUAAUAAAGAGUUGAAAUGAUCUAGAAAAGUGUCGCGUCAAGACAAACUCGGUGAAACGAACCGUCCAUUGCACCCGCAGAACCGAACACACACACUCGCUAAGUUUAUUAUUAUUGAAAUGUUGUAACUCUAGGGUCACAUUCCGGGUAAAACUAAAGUCGUACAUGCCAUUUACAGUGAUUUCAAUUAAACCCUGCCCAAGAGGAGCCCAGGAGCAAUGAAAGUAUUGAUCAUUUAUGCGUUGCUAGUAGUUGUGCCGCAGGAAAUCUUCACAGACAAAGUCGAGUGCAAGAACGUAGCAUGCCCUCGGCCGGAGCCAUGUCCCGCCGACAGCCACCCGAAACCGAAAGUAAUCCAUUUGUACGGUAACAUUCCUCACCACAUACGCAGCAAAACUAGUGAGAUUGUGCGCCGUGAACGUGCCAUAGCCUCCGAUGCACGGCAGCGUGAGACCAUCAAAAUAAUUCCCGGCGCUUACGAGCAUCACGGUCACAAGCGUAGUAUCACCGAUGAUGAGAUGCUAAUUCAGCACUGCUGUCCCAGCUACGAGUGUGUCUGCAAGCCGAACUACUGCGACCAGGAAUGUCCCCCAGACCAUAUACCUGCUAAUACGACCGCACCCACCGAUCCGAACGACCUACCGUAUGGAGUCCCUGGCAAUUGCUGCUUUCCGUGUAGAAACAGCUACUGUAUGCACGAUAUCUACCGACAGCAUGGCGAAAAAUGGCGCAGUGAUGAGUGUACUACUUGCGUGUGCCACUACGGUGAAGUAAAGUGUCAACAGUCUGUUUGCAAAAAUCCAGGCUGUCUCAACCAUAAGAUGAUUCCAGGCGAAUGUUGCCCCGUUUGCGAUGACGACGCGACUAACUUUUGUCAAGAUAUUCAGCACUGCAAUAUCCAUUGCCAAUACGGGUAUCGACGACAGGGGAAUUGUGAUUUAUGUGCGUGUGCCAGAGUAGUUCGAAACCAAACAAGCAUCGAAACUGAUUUUCCACAUCCGAAAGUCAACGUUACUGUUACAGAUGACGACAAUACUAAUGGUAGUGUUCACCGAGGUCCCCAUCACCAUCAUACGCAUAGUGAUAGCAGUAGCGAGUUCAACAGUACCCCACUUUGGAUUGUAGUGCUGUUGUGCUUCUGUGGGUUUGCAGUAUUCUUCCUGACUAUCUGGUGGUGCUGCUAUAACCGCAAAGACACCAAAUACAGUGUUGUACAAAUUGCGUGAGAACUGCGUAGUACUCGUAACAAUAUAACCAUACAGAACUGCUUCGUAGAAUAUUACUCAAUCAAAACGAUUGUAUCAUUUAGGAAAAUCUGUAGAACGGUAUUAAAUAUAAUAUUAUAUAUGCUAUGGUUUUAUAAACUGUUGAAAGACCACAACUAUUUGUUAAUAGUACACCCUCGACAUUAUUUUAUAGCGUAUUUAGAGUCUGAAUAGCAUGCACAGCCGAGUGAUAGUCUUCCAUCAGCUGCGAAGACUUGCGUGGCUCUGCAGAUCAAUGGCAUAUCUGUACUAAAAAUAAAAACUCUUUAUGUGCAUCCACAAAUCACUGUCGAUAAGUUAAGAAUAUUGUGAUAAAUUGUACAUAGACGAUAUUUUUUUUGCAAAAUUACUUAGUUUUUAUACCCAAUCAAAGAAAUAUUUUACCAAACUUGUUAAUACUACUGUUGUAAGAUAUUGUUUUUAGGAAAAAUAUAACACGCAAGCAAAAUGUUUAUUUUGUUGAAUUUAGACUGUUGAAAUGGCAAAAAUAAAUUAUUUAUUUAUUACGAUUCAACAAAACACACCGAUGAACAAAGUUUGAUCAACCAACAGGAGUGUCUUUGUUCAAGUUGUUUAUUAAAAACUACCGCCGAUAGCCGUAAACGAUAAGCUAAUUUUUAUUUUUGCCGUUAUAAAAUCUAAGUAUUAUUUAUUUUGAUUUUUGUUAUGGUAUUUUUAUCGAGUAUUUUGAGCAAGACAUUGAUUAAAGAGAGCGAAAGAGAGGAUAGUGAGGUACGAAAUAGACUAAAAUGCUUCCAAUGAGGGCAGAUAUCAAUCGUUAUCAAAUGAACAGCAGCAGAUGUAUCAGUGUAAAUCUGCCCGCAUUCUAUUAAUCAACUUUUUAUAUGGAAUAACAAGAACCUUAAUAGCUUUCGCUUGCCGUUAGUCCCAAUCUAGGGGCCACAGCUUUUCAAAAUAAAAAAAAACAGUCCCGUAUUAUUGUAUUGUAUAACUACACUGUCAGUUUAUCCUGAUCUUGAAUGUUCAUAUAAACAUCUAGAUGUCCUGUAUUUUUUUAAUUAUUUGUCUACACUAAUGGUUACUAUCAUUAAAAAAUACCUCUUCCUCUAAAGUAUAACAAAAAAAGACACAAUCGGUAUUUCCUAAAUCAAACAUCUCUAUGGAUGUUGGUAAGUAAAUGUUCGAAUAGUGCAUAAGAGAGCGGAUAUAGUCGCCAAAGCCAUUCUGGAAGCUUCUAUUGAACAAUAGGCGCCGCAUUAUGAUAUGUACGCAAAAAAAACUAUAGCAUAGGUAUAUCCACCAUUUUUAGCUGCAGUUUAAUGGACAGAUAACAAACAAACAAAUCAUGGUAUCAUUACCUAACACGGCAAUAUAUGUAAAAACCAAGAAGCAAACUAAAGCAAAUAACCUAACACACAGAACACACCUACCACAGAAGCGUAUUUUCAAUUAUUCUGGUAAAGCAAUAAUUCAGCAUUAUUUCUAUAUUGUGUAUAAAACAAAUUCUUAUCACUUUUGCCUACUAACAAAACAGAAAUCUAUGUUCAGAAUGUAGAAAAAACAUCGACAUCAUUGUGAGAUGUAAAUAAAUAGUAAAAAC